AUGGGGCAGCGAUUAGCAGUGAUUGCUGCUGAUAGCACCGGGGACAAGUCCCUAGCGAACCGCCUAGAGGGCCUGAGAGCCAAACUCCAACGCUCCGGCUCUCAACAUGCCCUGCAUUUUGCCCAUCCGUUCUGGCCCCCGCGGAUUACCAGCUUUUGGCGAAACUCUCUUGGUCCCUUGCAAGUAUCUUUGCUGCCCGAAGUGGGUGCAGAGGUACUUCUGGAUCAUGACUCUUCCCCUGUUACGGUGUAG